AUGGCGGAUAAAUUGGCCAAGCAAGUGGACGGCUCCGAAUGGUCGUGGGCGAACUGCAAUACGCUGUGCUGGGCGAUCGGCUCCAUAUCCGGCGCGAUGAAUGAGGAGACCGAAAAACGCUUUCUUGUCACCGUUAUCAAAGACCUGCUUGGCUUGACGGAAAUGAAACGCGGCAAAGACAACAAGGCUGUCGUGGCGAGUAAUAUCAUGUACAUAGUUGGACAGUAUCCUCGGUUUUUAAAGGCGCAUUGGAAAUUUUUGAAGACGGUAGUGAACAAGCUGUUCGAGUUCAUGCACGAGACGCAUGAAGGUGUCCAGGAUAUGGCCUGCGAUACGUUUAUCAAAAUCGCCAACAAGUGCAAGCGCCAUUUCGUCGCUCUUCAACCUGGCGAGAGCGAGCCGUUUAUCGAAGAAAUCGUCCGAACUAUGCGCAAAAUCACCUGCGACCUCUCCCCACAACAAAUUCAUACCUUCUACGAGGCCUGUGGCUAUAUGAUUUCAGCGCAGGGCCAGAAGAGCCUUCAAGAUAAGGUGAUUGAGAACCUUAUGGCGCUUCCGAAUUCAGCCUGUUAA